UGAAUCAUCGUCAAUGGUCGUCAACUAGUCGUCAACCUUAACGAUUAAUAUCUCGGUCUAUGGGGCAGAGCGACUUUUUUGCCAGAUUCAUUUAUUUCGUGCAAAAACGUGUUGAAUAAACCUAAUUUUAUUGAAUUUUGAGGUGCUAUAGCUAAACUGUAUACUUAAGUACCUCUACGCCUUUGAUGCCAACUUCUUUUUCUGUAACAUAUGCAGUUUUUAAUGACAUGAACGCAUUUGAAUUAUAUCAUAUUCGCCUUAAAUUGUAAAUAUUGACCACAUGACAUAUUAUACAAUUAUCUGCGAUAACUGUUUAUACUGCCGAAAUGAAUACUUUUACAAAUAUCAAGAAACAGAAGAUUCAUUGUCAACCAGAUGUUCAUGUGAUGGGUUACGUAGAACGAACUCAAGGAGAUGGCAUGGAAAAUGCGACGGUAGAUAGAGUCGAAAUUAGGCAAAGUCGAAGUCGUCUGGGAGACACUCUUAUUUACCAUCCUACAAAUUUGAAGAAAUUAGGAUCAACAUCUCCGGUCACUCCUAUUGGUACAAUAGUAAAGUUAGUACCAAAAAAUAUUAGUAAUAUAAAACAAGAGAAGCAUAUUUUGCAUUCUUUGAAGUCAAAAGACCCAAAAUUUAUACCAUAUGAACCAUAUAAGGCAGCUGUAAAUCCAAUUGUACCAUUUGAAAAAAAAAAGAAAUUAAAAAAAAAAUCUAGUUUAAAUGCUACAGUUGCACAAAUUGCUGCAUUGAAGAUCCAGGAUAACGACACAAAGUUGAAAGAUUGUAUGAAAGAAAGCAAAGCGGAAACAUCAGAAGAUGAGUGGAAUAAUGAAAAAAGAACAUAUGAGUCUGAAAUUCGCAAAUUGAAAGAAGAAAAUAAUCAGCUUGAAACUCAAUUGAAAUUUCAAGUACAGGUCAAUGGAGAAUUAAAGAAUUUAUUAGUUGCCGCAGUAGGAGAGGAUCUAGAAACAAGAGUUCAUUUGUUAACCGAGGACAAAUUGCAACUUGCGAGAGCCCUCUUGAAUUCAGCCAAACAUUUGUCUACACAUCAAGAACAAAUAGAAUGGCUAGCAGGCCAAUGUGAAGUUUGGAGAAGUAAAUUUUUAGCUAGUAGUUUAAUGGUGGAGGAUUUGGCAAGAUGGAAAGCUGCACUUUGCCAGAGAACAACAGAAUUGCAGGAAACUAUAAAACGAUUAUUAGAAGAACAUAUCACUAUUCGUGAUACAUUGUUCAAAACCUACAGAAUGUUGACAAUCCUACGAGAGAAAUUCGAUUCCAUAGGAACAACGUCCGGUAAGAAACACGAAUUAAUCAGCACCAAUAUUGUUGAUCUUACACAGGGAUGUUGUCAACUUGUGGAAAUUCUCAGAGUCAGUCUUUUAAGUGGUAUACCAGACUCGGAAUUACAGAAAGAAUUAAAUAUAACCGGUUUAGAUAUGAAAACUCUUGCAGAGAACAAUGCGGAAAAAUUACUGAAUAAAAAGUUACCCAUGACUGAAAGAGAUGUUGCUUGUACUGCGGUGAUGGGGGCGGCGGUCGCAGUUGGCGGACAAAUGUUUCUUCCACGAUGCAAUGCAAGCAAUAUGACAUAUUGUCCACAUUGCAGCGGCGAAAUUAAACAGAUUUAAAAGUAAUAACACUUUUAUAUAUCUUCCGUACAGUACGCUGUCCUCUUUUUAUACUAAAUAUAUCGAUAUUUUUUCAAAUCU